AUGGCUUCCAAGGCCAUUCAAGUGAUGGUCAAAUCAAGGUUGGAGAGGGAUGCUAGUUUGUCUACCACAUCCAGGAAUACUGCUGAAAUGCAAUUUAGCAUUGCUAAUGCCUUAGAGGAACGAGGAUGGUUGGAAGAUAGUCGAUAUGUUAGAGUUGACGAGCAGCUAGCAAUGUUCAUAACUAUGGUUGGUCGGAACCAGCAGGUAAGAGAUAUAGCUGAACAUUUUCAGCAUUCAUCAGAGACCAUUGGUAGGCAUUUUAAUACAGUACUGGAGGCUUUCCUCAAGUUAGGAGAAGUUAACAUAAGACCACCACCAUUUGAUAAGAUUGCCCCAGAAAUUGAGAAUGAUCCCAAAAAGUAUCCUUUUUUCAAGGAUUGUAUUGGUGCUAUCGAUGAAACUCAUAUAGAUGCACGUGUUCCUCUACACAAACAACACAGAACGUCAUGCAAAUAUUACGUAGUCGAUUCUGGAUAUCCAUCUACUAUAGGGUUUUUAACACCAUUCAAGGGCCAACGGUAUCAUCUCCGAGAUUUCAAGUCAAGAAGAGCGCAGACCGCUAAAGAACUUUUCAACCAAAGGCAUUCGAGUGUUAGGAAUGUUAUUGAACGCAGUUUUGCUUCAUUGAAACAACGGUUUCCUACACUAAGCAAAAUGCCACGUUUUCCUCUUUCGACCCAAAGUCGUAUCGUCAUUGCAUGUUAUGCCCUACACAACUUCAUUCGGGAUGAACAAAAAGCUGACGCAAAUUUUUCGUGGUUUGGAGAUGAUAACAAUUUAGAGAGACCCCCUGAUGAUGAUUUUAUCCCACCUGAGUAUGGUAAUUCUAGCCAACAAAAUAGGGCAAGAGAGAUGGAUGAAUUUCGAAAGUACAUUGCAAACGAGUUGGCUUCAUCAAGAAACAUGGCUCCAAUUGAAUGA